CAAGCACGGAUCACAUAUUUCGCUCUCUACAAGUGGAGACAUCUUGUUAGUCUUCUUUCUUUCCUUGUUGAUCCAACAGGCACAAAACAUCCAAAAAGACCCCUUAUUGAUCCAAAAGGCACAAAACGUCCAAAAGAUCCCUUCUUUGGUGGGCUACUCCCUCCUAUUCCUGUGAUUCCAGCAUGGAUUCACCCUCAAAAUCCUACCUUUUUGGUGUUCCAAUUCGCAAAACCCUUUUUGGGUUCAUCUUGCUCCUCUCCCUCGCCCCAUCAUCUGUCGAGACCCAGAUCUCCGACCAGCCGACCGCCUACCAGAUGCUGGAGCAAUACGAUUUCCCCAGAGGGAUCCUCCCGCAGGGCGUGCGGCGCUACGUUUUGAAUCAAGAUGGGAGCUUCGAGGUGUAUCUGAGCGGCGACUGCGAGUUCAAGGUCACCGGCGGCUACUUGUUGCACUACAAGAGAAAGAUCACCGGCGCGGUGGCCUCGGGGUCGCUGACCAACCUUAGAGGCGUCAGCGUCAAGGUCCUCUUUUUGUGGUUUGGGAUCGAUGAGGUGGUGAGGAGUGGCGACGAGAUCGAUUUCUAUGUCGGCCCGCUGUCGGCAUCCUUCGGGCUGUCCAACUUCGAGGAGUGCCCCCGCUGCCGCUGCGGCUUUGAUUGCUCUGCCGCCAUGGUUUCGGAUUCGUAAGACACUGGGGUUGGUGAUCAUGGACUGUCCCAGACAUGGCAUUCCAUGGAUUAAACUUGAUAUGUUUAACUUGUGCUAUCAAAUGAACGCAUGCUAAUCACAGAUUUUGAUAUGGUCUUUAAGAAUCCUUGAGUGUUUACCUU